UUCUUCUCUUACUUUUUUAGGCAAAUAUCUAAAAUCAUUUAAAUGCAUGUAAAACUUCAUGCUUUGUAGAAUGGGUUAGAGAGAUGUUUUUAACUUAGAUAUGUGUAUAAAUAAAUUUUUUCAUUGUGCAUUUUGUCAGUGCUCAAUAUGAUGCAUUGGUGGUUAAUGAGUGCUUCCUCUCAGUCAAGUUUGGAAACCUAUUCACGCAAACUGGCUUAUUACCGCCCAUCAGAGUGUGAAAAACUCUACCAUAUUAAAUGGCUGGUGCUGACUGGUAUUCGUUAUGAAAUCGACCAGGCACACAAAUAAACAUAACAUAAAAUCUACAUUCGUUUAAAUCAGUGUUAAUCUAUAUACUGUAAAUUUGUACAUAUAUACAGUGCAGAAUGGUGAUAAUUGUUUGUUUUUAAAUUCAAAUUCACACUUGGUUUUCAAAGCAGUAAAAUGUUAUGGUGACACUCGUAAUUAGCGCGACCAGACAAACUGGCGAUCUACUCCGAAGGUGUUACAUACGAUGUUUACGGACAAUGGCGAAGAUACAAAAAUGCAACAAUUCUAAAGGGGAACUACGUAAUGUGGUUGGUGAUGACAGGAGCAGAUCUUCCAGUCAGCACCAGGUUAUUUCAGAAACUGACAGGAACAGGCAGAGAACAUUCACAAAUGAAUCAAGAAAUACUUAUAAUGCAUACAGACCAACCAUCAGAAAUCUACAUGUUGCCAACACACCACAUUUCUACGACUCUACAGAGGCGGAAACAGACAGUGAAUCUUCUAUCAAAAUUAAACGGAACAUAAAACAAUCGAAGCGUCUUCCGGGCUGGAUCUGGAAAACUGUUACAACAGUGCUAGGAAUUGAUCAUUCCAAAAGAUGGCUUGCAACUAUACUCUAUGUGAUUACAUUAAUCGCUGCUCUGGCUUUUACAUUUCUCGGAGUGCUUUUUGUAGUAUAUGACGUUGCAAGUAAAAACUCAGAAACAACCGUACAUAUCGGCUUUAUGUCAUUACUAAUUGGGUUUGGAUGGUUAUGUUUGGGUAUUUACUCAUUUCGACUGGCAGGACGACUGUUUGGCGACGAGGAUUUUGCCGCCAGUAUCCGAAGUCAUUCCAGAACAUUGUUCAAGAUCAGCUCCGCAAUACUGCUUAUCAUAUCUGGGUGCUUAUUCACAGGAUUGAAUCUCUACACUGCAUUUGACACAUAUGCUGCAGAUCACUGUCAUGUGGUGGGCCUUCAUCAUUUAGUUUGUAACUCCAUGUAUAUCAGCCGUGCUGUGUUUUCUGUCCUAGCCACUGUGUGGAACUUGAUGGUUGGAUGCAUGCUACUGUCUGUAUGCCGCACUCAUACUAUAGGAAUUCGUAGAUUUGUUCGAGAUUUGGAAAGGGAUGGGAAGAAAUAUGAUGAUUACUGGAAAAAAAGGUUGAGGAAUUCAAAAGAUGGAGAAUAUCAUCGGGAAACAUCUUCUAUACUAGACAACAGGGGUUGGUUUGUAUUACAAGAUAGUGACCUGAAUUUUGAGGAAGAGGUGCAGGGGUGUGAACCGGAACAGCAAGAUUUGCCAGCAAACCAAACUGCUAGACAGGGGAGUAAAAUAGAACUGCAGCCUUCAGAAGAUGCUGUUCUAAUGAGAGAUGGUUCAGAAACACCUCCAAGAGGCCCUGGUUUGGACUUGACUGCUAAUAACGAAGAAAACAUAAGAAACAGCUUGGAAGAUACAACAAGUAUAGAUGAACAUCAAGAUGAGCCUCCUAUAAUGACGGAAGAUGAAAUACUCCUGUGUUACUGGAAAAUAUCAAGUCGUAUGAGAUUUACUUCCCAGUGUCUGCAGCGCUGGCUGGCCAGCUGGAUUGCGUUUGUUGGACUUUGGGUUGGAGAUUAUGUGAUAUACUGGCUUAGUCACUCUCCGGACCUGGUUGACAUACUAGAGUUUGUGGCCCCAAUGUUGCUGAUACUUGUUCUGUGCUCUGCAUAUGCAGAAGCUAAUGGGGAAGGACAGCUGAUGAUUCGGUGUAUUUGUCCAACAAAAGACCGAUACGGACUGCUGAACUUCCUGCACAGACAACCACUACAGAUGCAGGUGUUCAGUCUUAGUGUGUCAUACAACGCCAUGCUUACAGUGAUCCUGGCUUUCACAGUCGCAUUUUCCUCACGGCUUAUCCUUGAUGAAGUUGUCAAACCAUAGAUGAUGAAUAGUAACAUCUAUCUGAAGUGUAUAUAUCUAUAACUGUGAACAACAGAUGCUGAAUAAUCAACACAAGAAAUGUUCUGUCAGCCUGGGGAGAUAGCCAAGCUGAUAUGUUUUUUAGCAAUUCACAAUACCUGCUUUACACUCAAAUUCAUACAAUAUUUAUAUUAUCCAUUAUUAAGACUUUUGUGCUAUUUUUAAGGGUGUGUCAUAAUGACAUUAUGUGGGUAACAUUGCCAUUUUCUAAUGGGAAAAUCUAUCAUCUAUGUUUAGAUUUAUGUGCUGUUUUAAGGGGGUGCUUUCAUGAUUCUACAUGAGAAACAUUAAGAACAUAACUGCUGCAGUAUAGUAUGUUGGGAAAUGCAUUCAAGAUAUAUGAAAUACUUUUGUGUCUGGUAAAGGGAACAAAGUUUAUUAUUAAUAAUACUCACUUUGUAUAAUACUCAUAAAAAAUCAUACAUGUACUUGCUUAUUUUUUUGUAAUAUACAUGUGACCAGGUGCUUAUCUUGCCAAAAGUAAUAAUUUGUGGGGUUUUUGUUUGUAAUUUGAUAUUUAAGGCAGUAUUGAAAAGAAAGCAUGCCAGUACAAUUCUGUACUAUUUUUUAGCUCACCUGUCACAAAGUGACAAGGUGAGCUUUUGUGAUCGCGCAGUGUCCGUCGUCCGUCGUCCGUCCGUGCGUCCGUCCGUCCGUAAACUUUUUGCUUGUGACCACUCUAGAGGUCACAUUUUUCAUGGGAUCUUUAUGAAAAUUGGUCAGAAUGUUCAUCUUGAUGAUAUCUAGGUCAAGUUCGAAACUGGGUCAUGUGCGGUCAAAAACUAGGUCAGUAGGUCUAAAAAUAGAAAAACCUUGUGACCACUCUAGAGGUCACAUUUUUCAUGGGAUCUUCAUGAAAGUUGGUCAGAAUGUUCAUCUUGAUGAUAUCUAGGUCAAGUUCGAAACUGGGUCACGUGCGGUCAAAAACUAGGUCAGUAGGUCUAAAAAUAGAAAAACCUUGUGACCACUCUAGAGGUCAAC